GAGUCAGCCGCCGCCGCAGCGCCUCUGCUCCGCCAGCUCCGCCGGCUUAAAUUGGACUCCCCGAUCCGCGAGGGCGCGGCGCAGCCGGGCAGCGGCUCUCUCAGCCUUGGCAACCCUAGGGGCCACUGUUUCCCACUUAGCCACAGCUCCAGCAUCCUCUCUGUGGGCUGGUCACCAACUGUACAACCACCAUUUCACUGUGGACAUUACUCCCUGUUACAGAUAUGGGAGACAUGGGAGAUCCACCAAAAAAAAAACGUCUGAUUUCCCUGUGUGUUGGUUGCGGCAAUCAAAUUCACGAUCAGUAUAUUCUGAGGGUUUCUCCGGAUUUGGAAUGGCAUGCGGCAUGUUUGAAAUGUGCGGAGUGUAAUCAGUAUUUGGACGAGAGCUGUACGUGCUUUGUUAGAGAUGGGAAAACCUACUGUAAAAGAGAUUAUAUCAGGUUGUACGGGAUCAAAUGCGCCAAGUGCAGCAUCGGCUUCAGCAAGAACGACUUCGUGAUGCGCGCCCGCUCCAAGGUGUACCACAUCGAGUGUUUCCGCUGCGUGGCCUGCAGCCGCCAGCUCAUCCCCGGGGACGAGUUCGCGCUGCGGGAGGACGGGCUCUUCUGCCGCGCGGAUCACGACGUGGUGGAGAGGGCCAGCCUGGGCGCCGGCGACCCGCUCAGCCCCCUGCACCCGGCGCGGCCGCUGCAAAUGGCAGCCGAGCCCAUCUCCGCCCGGCAGCCGGCCCUGCGGCCCCACGUCCACAAGCAGCCAGAGAAGACCACCCGCGUGCGGACUGUGUUGAACGAGAAGCAGCUGCACACCUUGCGGACCUGCUACGCCGCCAACCCCCGGCCAGACGCGCUCAUGAAGGAGCAACUGGUGGAGAUGACCGGCCUCAGUCCCCGCGUGAUCCGGGUCUGGUUUCAGAACAAGCGGUGCAAGGACAAGAAGCGGAGCAUCAUGAUGAAGCAGCUCCAGCAGCAGCAACCCAAUGACAAAACUAAUAUCCAGGGGAUGACAGGAACUCCCAUGGUGGCUGCCAGUCCAGAGAGACACGACGGUGGCUUACAGGCAAACCCAGUGGAGGUGCAAAGUUACCAGCCGCCUUGGAAAGUACUGAGUGACUUCGCCUUGCAGAGUGACAUAGAUCAGCCGGCUUUUCAGCAACUGGUCAAUUUUUCAGAAGGAGGACCGGGCUCUAAUUCCACUGGCAGUGAAGUGGCGUCGAUGUCCUCUCAGCUCCCAGAUACACCUAACAGCAUGGUAGCCAGUCCAAUUGAGGCAUGAGGAACAUUCAUUCAGAUGUAUUUUUUUCCCUGUUGGAGAAAGUGGGAAAUUAUAAUGUUGAACUCCGAAACAAAAGUAUUUAACGACCCAGUCAAUAAAAACUGAAUCAAGAAAUGAAUGCUCCAUGAAACGCACGAAGUCUGUUUUAAUGACAAGGUGAUAUGGUAGCAACACUGUGAAGACAAUCAUGGGAUUUUACUAGAAUUAAAACAACAAACAAAACCCAAACCCAACAUAAUGCUAUCCAAUGACCUUAGGAGUACUGAAAAAAAAAAAAAAAAGACGUUUUUAAAACGUAGAGGAUUUAUAUUCAAGGAUCUCAAAAAAAGCAUUUUCAUUUCACUGCACAUCUAGAGAAAAGCAGAAAUAGAGAUUUUCUAGUCCAUCUUAUUCUGAAUGGUGCUGUUUCUAUAUUGGUCAUUGCCUUGCCAAACAGGAGCUCCAGCAAAUGCGCAGGAAGAGAAACUGGCCUCUUUGGCUGAAAGAGUCCUUUCAGGAA